AUGUCCAAGCCUCUGUCCGACCAUGAUAGGAAGAAACAGAUUUCAGUGAGGGGCCUUGCUGGCGUUGAGAACGUCACAGAUCUGAAGCUGAACUUCAACAGACAUCUUCACUUCACGCUAGUUAAGGACAGGAAUGUGGCCACCAAACGGGAUUACUACUUUGCUCUUGCCCACACGGUGCGAGACCACUUGGUGGGCAGGUGGAUCAGAACCCAGCAGCACUACUAUGAAAAAGACCCCAAACGUGUGUACUACAUCUCCCUGGAGUUCUACAUGGGCCGCACACUCCAAAAUACCAUGGUCAACCUUGCACUGGAGAACGCCUGUGAUGAGGCCAUGUACCAGAUGGGUCUGGACAUGGAGGAGUUAGAGGAGAUGGAGGAAGAUGCUGGACUGGGUAAUGGAGGCCUGGGUCGUCUUGCUGCCUGUUUCCUGGACUCAAUGGCAUCACUGGGUCUGGCUGCAUAUGGUUAUGGCAUUCGUUAUGAAUUCGGCAUCUUCAACCAAAAAAUCCUCAAUGGAUGGCAGGUGGAGGAGGCCGAUGACUGGCUGCGCUAUGGCAACCCCUGGGAGAAAGCUCGACCAGAGUACACUCGCCCGGUUCACUUUUAUGGCAGAACUGAGCAUCACCCCGAUGGCGUCAAAUGGGUGGACACUCAGGUAGUCCUGGCUCUGCCGUAUGACACGCCUGUGCCUGGCUACAGAAACAACGUUGUGAACACCAUGAGGCUAUGGUCUGCUAAAGCUCCUUGCGAUUUCAACCUUAAAGACUUCAAUGUUGGUGGCUACAUUCAAGCGGUUUUGGACAGGAACUUGGCUGAGAACAUUUCUCGUGUGCUUUACCCCAACGACAAUUUCUUUGAAGGAAAGGAGCUCCGUCUGAAGCAGGAAUACUUCGUGGUGUCUGCCACCCUGCAAGACAUCAUCCGUCGUUUCAAGGUCUCCAAGUUUGGCUCGAGGGAGAUCGCUCGCACUGACUUCAGCAAACUGCCUGACAAGGUUGCAAUCCAACUAAAUGACACCCACCCUGCAAUGGCUAUUCCUGAGCUGAUGAGAGUUCUUGUUGAUGAGGAGAAGCUGGCUUGGGAACAGGCCUGGGAUAUUUGUGUGAGGACCUGUGCCUACACCAACCACACAGUCCUUCCAGAAGCUCUGGAGCGCUGGCCAGUAGACCUGUUUGCCCACCUGCUGCCCCGUCACCUGGAAAUAGUCUAUGAGAUCAACCGUCGCCACCUGGAGAAAGUUGCUGCCAAGUUUCCAGGAGACCAUGAUCGUCUUCGCCGGAUGUCGCUGAUUGAGGAGGGUGGGCAGAAGAGGAUUAACAUGGCCCAUUUGUGCAUCGUUGGUGCUCACGCUGUCAACGGUGUAGCCCAGAUCCACUCUGAUAUCCUGAAAGCUACGAUCUUUAAGGACUUCUAUGAAAUGGAGCCCCACAAGUUCCAAAAUAAGACGAACGGCAUCACCCCUCGCCGCUGGCUGGUCAUGUGCAAUCCCGGGCUGGCUGAGGUCAUUGCAGAGAGAAUUGGGGAAGACUUCAUUCGUGAUCUUGACCAACUGAAACGUCUCCGGGACUUUGUGAACGAUGAUGCAUUUAUUCGGGAUAUCGCCAAAGUGAAACAGGAGAACAAGCUGAAGUUCGCUGUGCAUUUGGAGGAGCACUACAAGGUGAAGAUCAAUCCCAACUCCAUGUUUGACGUCCAAGUCAAGAGAAUCCAUGAAUACAAGAGACAGCUGCUGAACUGUCUCCACAUCAUCACCUACUACAACCGCAUCAAGAAAGAGCCAAACAAGCAGUGGACUCCAAGGACCAUAAUGAUUGGAGGAAAGGCCGCUCCUGGAUACCACACAGCCAAGAUGAUCAUCCGUCUGGUCACAGCUAUCGGGGAGGUGGUCAACCACGAUCCAGUGGUUGGAGAUCGCCUGAAGGUCAUCUUCUUGGAGAACUAUAGAGUCACACUGGCAGAGAAAGCCAUCCCAGCAUCAGACCUGUCAGAACAAAUCUCUACAGCCGGCACUGAAGCCUCCGGGACUGGCAACAUGAAGUUCAUGCUUAACGGAGCCCUGACCAUUGGCACCAUGGACGGAGCUAAUGUUGAGAUGGCAGAAGAAGCUGGUGACGGCAAUCUCUUCAUCUUUGGCAUGAGAGUGGAAGACGUUGAUGCACUUGACAAGAAAGGAUACCAUGCUGAGGAAUAUUACAACCGGCUGCCGGAGCUAAAGCAGGCCAUUGACCAAAUCGCUAAUGGCUACUUUAGCCCAAAACAGCCAGACCUGUUUAAAGAAAUAGUCAACAUGCUGAUGCAUCAUGACAGGUUCAAGGUCUUUGCUGAUUAUGAAGACUACAUCAAAUGCCAGGAGAAAGUCAAUGCUCUGUACAAGAACCCCAAGGAAUGGACCAAGAAGGUGAUCUACAACAUUGCUGGAUGUGGCAAGUUCUCCAGUGAUCGCACCAUUGCCCAGUAUGCUCGUGAGAUCUGGGGCAUGGAGCCCACGCUUGAGAAACUGCCUGCCCCUGAUGAUAAGCAAUAAACUCUUCAUGAAAGCCAACACAUAUACAGCUUCUCACCCUGGCUGUGAUACCUUAUGAAACUGAAAUUGUUGGAUCUAUAAUGUCAGGCAAGAAGCCCCCACAAGCUUGCAUCCACAGCAAAUUAAAGCCUUGGAGAGUUUACAUUUCUUCUUACCUCCAUAUUAUCAAUCCAGAUUAGAUGCUGAUGAAGGAAAACUCUUGCAUUUUGAUUUGGAGAUGUAGGAGUUGGUGUGUAUGAUAUAAAGUGGAUUGGAAAAGCUUUGUGGUGGGCUUUGUAUAUUUUAUGCAGAUUUUUUUUUAUUAAUAAAAUAGUUCCUGUUGUAUAUC